UGCGGUAGACCAAGCGGUGCAGGACCCUGGGAACAAGGUCGGGAAAGUCUGACUCAGUGACCCUCGGCCAAUAUGGCGGACAUACAAGACGCAAAACAUUAGUAAAAUUUUUAAGAACGCAAUUUCUUCAUUUGUUUACAAAAAAGUGAAAAACAAUGAAGAUCCAGGGAAGUGUAGCGAUUGUAACAGGUGGGGCACAAGGUAUAGGCGAGAAGAUUUGCACGGCGCUACUGGAUAGAGGUUGUAAGGUUGUAAUAUUAGAUGUACAAAGAGAGAAAGGUUGUCAACUUGAAGAGAGAUUGAAAAGACGAUAUGGUUCAGAGAAAGUAAUUUUUAUUACUUGUGAUGUUACAUCAAAGUUUCAAAUGAAAGAUUCCUUUAGGAAAACAAAGGAGACAUUUGGUCAAAUAAACAUUGUGUGCAACAAUGCUGGUAUUCUUGGUCAAAAUGAAUCAGAUGCCUGGGAGAAAGUAGUUGAUGUAAACUUGAAGGGUGUAAUUCUUGGUACAUUUCUUGGUGUUCUCCAUAUGGGUCAGUCACAUGGUGGAAGUGGUGGAGUUAUCAUCAAUGUUGCAUCAAUGGCAGCUAUUUUUCCUAUGGGACCUGACCAGGCUGUAUAUACUGCCACAAAAGCUGGUGUUUGUGGAUUUUCACAGAGUGCAGGGGGUCUUAAAGAUACAGAAGGAAUCAGAGUGAAUUGUAUUUGCCCCAGCUUUACCGAAACUGAGCUGGUAUUGCCAUUACUUGGACAUGGAUUGAGCGGGGAGAAAAAUUUAGAAUAUCGUGACUUGGUUUUGGAACAAGGCUUGAUCAGUCCUGAAUUAAUCGCCAGUGGAGUAAUUCAGCUGAUUGAAAAUGACAACAACAAUGGUGCUGUGAUGAUGGUAACAAAAAAGAGAGGAAUCGAAUUCAUGAGGCCAAGGAAAUCCAGAAAAUCGAAACUUUAAGACUAUUACAGUUGAUCUUUUGUAAAGAGAAAUGUUAUUAAAUGGUAGUCGAAGCCAUGGUUUAUU